AUGACGACCACCUACGUUGCCCCGUCGCAGGUCGACGACUUUGACUAUGUCCUCGUCGGUGGCGGCACUGCGGGCUGCGUCAUUGCCUCGCGCCUCGCCGCUGCCCUGCCCCAGAAGAAGAUCCUGCUCAUCGAGGCCGGCCCCAGCGACUUCAUGGACAACCGCGUCCUCGACCUGCGCCAGUGGCUGGCCCUGCUCGGCGGCGAGCUCGACUACGACUACGGCACCACGGAGCAGCCCAUGGGCAACUCGCACAUCCGCCACUCGCGCGCCAAGGUCCUCGGCGGCUGCUCCUCGCACAACACCCUCAUCUCCUUCCGCCCCUUUGCCUUCGAUCUCCAGAUCUGGCAGUCCAUGGGCGCCAAGGGCUGGACCUUCCCCGUCUUCAUGCGCGCCCUCGACAAGCUGCGCAACACCGUCCAGGUCGUCCACGCCAACCACCAGAACCAGCUGUGCAAGGACUGGGUCGCCUCCUGCAGCGCCGCCCUCGACAUCCCCGUCAUCCACGACUUCAACCGCGAGAUCAAGAGCAGCGGUGCCCUGCGCCAGGGCGUGGGCUUCUUCUCCGUCAGCUACAACCCCGACACCGGCCACCGCUCGAGCGCCUCCGUCGCCUACAUCCACCCCAUCCUGCGCGGCGAGGAGCCGCGGCCCAACCUGACCAUCCUGACCGAGGCCUGGGUCUCCAAGAUCAACGUCGCGGGCGGCGACGAGGUGCUCGGCGUGGACGUCCGGCUCAAGGACGGCUCUCUGCGGACGCUGCGCGCGCGGGUCGAGACCGUCUUGUGCGCCGGCGCUGUCGACACGCCGCGGCUGAUGCUCCUGUCCGGCCUCGGCCCGCGCGAGCAGCUCGCGCCCCUCGGCAUCCCGGUCGUCCGCGACAUCCAGGGCGUCGGCAAGAACCUCGGCGACCACCCCGAGACCAUCAUCAUCUUUGAGCUCAACAAGCCCGUCCCCGCAAACCAGACCACCAUGGACUCGGACGCCGGCAUCUUCUUGCGCCGCGAGCCGCCCAACGCCGACCAGGGCCGCGCGAGCGCGGCCAACCCGGCCGGCCUGCCCGACGGCGACAUCGCCGACGUCAUGAUGCACUGCUACCAGAUCCCCUUUACGCUCAACACCGAGCGCCUGGGCUACGACGUGCCCAAGGACGGCUACGCCUUCUGCAUGACGCCCAACAUCCCGCGGCCCCGCUCGCGCGGCACCCUCUACCUCACGAGCGCCGACCCCAGCGUCAAGCCCGCGCUCGACUUUGGCUACUUCACCGACCCGGAGGGCUACGAUGCCGCCACGUUCGUGCACGGCAUCCGCGCCGCGCGCAAGAUUGCCGAGCAGGCGCCCUUCAAGGACUGGAUCCUGCGCGAGGUCGCGCCCGGCCCCCAGGUCCAGACCGACGAGGACAUUAGCGAGUACGCCCGCCGCGCCGCCCACACCGUCUACCACCCCGUGGGCACCACCCGCAUGGGCGACGACGCGCUGGCCGUGGUCGACGAGCGCCUGCGCGUGCGGGGCAUGCGGCGCGUGCGCAUUGCCGACGCCGGCGUCUUCCCGACGAUCCCCUCCAUCAACCCGAUGCUGACGGUGCUCGGCGUGGCGGAGCGGUGCGCGGAGAUGAUGAUCGAGGAGGCCAACGGCCGCGCCGAUGCGCGGCUGUAG